GCUAGAAAUUCAGUGCCACAAGCACGAGCCUACCAGGUCCAGGAGAACCAAACCUCAUUUUUCAGUUUCACUCUUCUGUCGUCUACUAGAUAAUCAAAAUGUCUGCAGAAAACUUCUUCGAUAAUCUCAAGAAUGAUCUGUCUUUCUCUGGAAAUCGUGAGAAAGAGGCAACGUGUUUGAAACGCUACAACAAAAGAGGGGAUGGCAGGUUAGACCAAGAUGAAUUUCAUGAGAUGUGUCUUGAUCUGUUUGUAGACGAUGGCAAGAGUUUUCCUCUCACAGAAACAGAAUCAAGACGGAUAUUUGAACAGCUAGAUGAUAAUCAGGAUAACUACAUUGACAGGGAUGAAUUUCAUAUCCUAUGGAGAUACUGGUUACCUAUGAUUCUUCAACCCAAAGCAGCUCUGAUAGCAGUUGAUGUACAGAAUGAUUUUAUUGAUGGAUCCUUGGCAGUGGCUCAGGCAGAAGAAAUUGUGCCUGUCAUUAACAGAAUUCUUGAUGAUGAGGGUAUGUUUGAACAAGUCAUCUACACGUAUGAUUGGCAUCCUGAGAACCAUGUUUCUUUCCACAACAAUGUCUGCUUGCGAAAUAUUCACCAUACAUCAAAAGUCCAGCAGAAGGAUGCUUGCGUCUUUGAUACUGUAGUGUUUGAUGGGCACGUCCCCAUGGAGCAGACGUUAUGGCCCGCUCACUGUGUACAACACUCACACGGGGCUAAGCUUCAUGCAGAUCUUAAGAUCACAAAGGACCAUGUGGACAUCUAUAAGGGCGUGUGUGACCAUGUCGAUAGCUACUCAGCCUUCUUUGACAAUCAACGGCUCUCUCAAACAGAACUAGCAGUGGCACUGUGCGAUAGGCGUAUCACUGAUGUCUACGUCUGUGGUUUGGCGUAUGAUGUGUGUGUCCGACACACAGCUAUCGAUGCAGCAAGCCUUGGGUUCAGGCCAUUCGUCAUUGAAGACGCCUGCCGAGGGCUGACAACGGAGAGUUGUGAUAAGGCAAGAAGAGAGAUGGAGGAAGCAGGUUGUAUUAUGGUGUCUUCUACGCAGGUCAAGUCAAUGGCUGAAGCCAACACAAGGGUUCCCAAGAUGGCUCUGCAGGCGGCUGAGAAUGUCGCCCUCGCUAGACGGAAAGCCAAAGUCAAGCUUGCAAGCAUGAACAGUGACCAUGGAGAUAAACCACUAACCAACGGCUUUGUUGUAGAGAAUUCCAGCUCACUUGAUAUGUGAAAUGAGAUUUCGUGAAUGGCUGGAGAAUUUGCAUCUUCACUAACUCAUCAGGGUAGCAUGAUCGGAGUAGGUCAAGAACGACAAAAGGAAGGCAUUGCAUGUAGAACUGUUGCCAAUUUACUACUGCGUGAUCACUGAUUCUUCAGACCACCUGCAGACUGUCAGCCAUAUCACUGGGAUAUAGAUAAUAAAAUGGAAGUGUUAUCUACCAAGGCAGGAGAGAUUUUAGCCGUCUUUCGCCAUUGUAUGGGGACCCUUGGGAUUUUAAAGCUGAUAUUAACGUAUGAUGCCUCCCUAAAAUGAGAAUAAGCACUACAAAAAAACAGUCGCAUUAUGUUUAAUUAGUUAUAACUACCAAGUGAGCAGAGAUAAAAGCUUUUCAAAAUCAGAUAUUUCUGCCUAUUUUGAAAGAGCAGAUUGUAUUUUUCACUUUGAGAAUUUAAUUGGCAUAUUCAUGAGAUAUCAACAGUUGGUAGAUAAUGAAACAGACUGAUAGAAUUAUUUUUUUUAAAGGUUUGUGCAGGGACAGACCUUGUUGGAUAAUGCACAAUAUUUGGGACAGGCCCAUCAUUUUGCAUAAAGAAUAUGGCACAUGAAAUGGUGUUAUCUGUAUCUAAAGCCUGCUGGAUCCGCUUCUGGGUUAAUAUACAGGUGGUCAUAAUUAUAUACCGGUACAUUUAUAAGAAAAACAUGUAUAUGCUUCCAUGUUCUUACAUAGUUGUAUACUACAAUGACUACAUGUAUCUUCAUAUUCUGUACAUGCAUGUGUUACUUACAGCAUAAUGUGAAAUCAAUUAUUUUUCAUAGUGUUUAGAUACCAGUACAAACUUUUGCAAAAUUGAAUAUUCAUGCAAAUCUCGUCUGACUUCAUCAUCCAAAAUGCUUUCAGUCUUUAGAAGAGACAUAAAUAAAAACUUAGGCUUCGAAUUUCACCUCACUUGACAGUACUAAACUACUUUAACAUGUAUGUACAUAAGAUUUUACUGAUGGAGAGUGUAAAAUGUCUGCUUCAAAGUCUUGUAGGGGGCUUGACACUUGAUGGAAACAGGCUGUUAGUGUCAUGUAAUUUUAUCUUUCACAAUGUAGUAGAAAAUUAUGCAACAUGCUGAAGUUUUAAGGCUCUCAAAAACACAUAUUCAAUUUUAUUAAAGGAUUUUUAUGCAUUGUAAUAACAUGGACAAUCUUAGAGUCGUUGGUAUUGGUACUUUUUGCAAUAUAUGCGGCUAAGGCCUAUUUUUUUUUUUGGGGGGGGGGGGUGAGUGGGAGGGGAUAUUUUUGAACAUGGCCCCAAUCUUAUAGCCAAUUUAUUAUGCAUUGCAUAGAUACAUUCUCAUUGCUUUCAAUUCAUCUGUCUGUACUUCUUUCUUUAUUUCCAUGCUUGUCGUGUGACGCAAUGAUUGUCAGAUGCGGCUAUUGAUAAGAAUCUCAAAAUUACCAUAGACCAUGUAAUGAAUUUCUUAAAUUUUGAAUAAAGAAAAACAAGGUGUACUAAUUCAAAUAAGAAAAAAACAAUCUACAUGUAUUUUACAUGUAUAUCAUGUUCAAGGGAGCAAAAAAUUGGAAUUGCAUAGUGGGGAUAUUUGAAUCUAUAAUACGGAAAAACCUCAACAACAGUUUUAUAGAAAAAUAAAAAAUUGAAUAAUAUCACAAUUGUUUAUCAAGAGAAAUCAGAAGAGAAGAAAUCAUACAACUAACAAAUACAUGCAUUAUUUCAUGAAAUUAUGUAUGGAGAAAAUUACGGGUUAAUGUUAUGAAAUGAAAAUUGUUAGUUUUGAUGAAUUUGAUUAAUAGCAAUAGACCUUUUGUGAGUGUGCAACUGCAAAAAGUGUAACACAGGAAAUUGCGUGUGGAAUUUUAUGUAUUUUUAUACCAAAGAGAAGAGGCAUUUAUGUAUCUUAUCAUUCAUAGUAUUACAAAUGUGGUAUUUACUCCGCAAUUAUCAUAAGCAUUCCUUUUUAAAAUUUUAAUUUGGACAUAAUGAGAACAAUUGGCAUGGGAUCUUGUUUUGAAUAUUGCUGUGUAUGAUAAUAAUUAUAAUCAGUUUUAAAGUUUUAUUAUGUGAGAGUAUUUGAGAUGAAACGACAUUACUAUUAAAAAUUUGACAUAUUAACUUAUUUUGUAUCGAUAUUUGACUUAUACUAGAACGAUAUAUACUGUAUAAUACAUUUAAAGUACAUGAAGGCUUAGAAAAGUAAGUCUAAUUUCAGAAAUUUUUGGAAAUGUUUACCGGUAUAUAGAUUCCAGAUUUCCACUUCAUUUUAUCUGUUAAAUCAAUGGUUCAUAGCUUUCACUUAUUGGUUUUUAUAAUACUUGAAGGUUUAAGCAGUGCAUAUGAUUAAUUUCUUAGAGGAAAUUAGUACAUGCAUUUCCAAUAAUGAAAGAUGAAAUCUCAAUCAAACUUUUAUUAUCAAACACAUUAUUUUUUUCCAUUGAAGGUGAAUGUUCAAAGCCUUAUAACAAAUUUUAUGUUUCAUAUUGAUAUUUUAUAUUGUAGACUAUGAAGAAUGUGCCUCCAAAAAAUCAUUUGAAUUUUUAAAUGAUAAAGGGUUUUAUUUAUUAUUUUAACUUCCCUCAACCACUGUAUUCCAUAUUGCUAUUUUCUGAAUGCUUCACAUAGUAAGUGCAUAUUUAUGUUAUUGCCAUCUCAAAACAUUGCCAUCUUGUUGUCAGAAGAAUUGUUACUUAAAAAGGUUGAUGCAGUGUAUUUAGCACUAUAUAAAAGUCAAAUAUUUUUUUUUUACAUUUCCUUUCUAUCUGAUAGCAUCUCAUUAAUAACUUCUUGUACUAUGUAAUUAUCAUCUUAUUAUUAGAUGUUAUAUGUUCUUCAUUAUUAAAUGUGUUUGAUAUGUGUAAAGAACGUACAUGUCCAUCUGCAUGUAAAUGUAAAUGCCUUUGAUUAUCUUUCAUUCGCUGAUAGCUUUCAAUUACUGAUAAUGAAUUAUCAACAUAUUCCCUCCACAUUGGUUUGUUGUUUCAUUCAUAGUGUGUAUAGUGCAGUAUUUCAUUAUUGUUAUUCUAGCAUUAUUGUUAUUGUUGUAUAUAUUCCAAUUAUUUUUCUGCUGCCUUCAAUCAUUUAUAUUACUAGUAACAGUGAAUUAGACUCGUUUGGUGUGACGUACAGAGCUGUUCCAACUUUCAAGAAUCAAACAUAAUUAAAAAGAAUAAUGAAAAUGUUAUAUAUUUUUCUGUGUGCAAUACUCAAACAGAAAUUAUAAUUCAGAUUAUAAUUAAAUCAUUUUGCAGAUUGUAAACCAACUACCAUGGUUUUGGUUACUGGUAAGUUAAAUGACAUAGUGCUGCAAAAGACUUGUGUACAUUCCCUA